UCGUAGCGUAGACGUCUCCGCCCAUUCCCAAUUUCCCAUUCCCCCCUCUAUUUCAACAUCUCCCCCCAUGUCUCUCCUCCCCCAUCUCGCCAUUUCAAUUCCACCAACGCGAGAGAGAGAGCGAUCGAGAAGCAAACCCGACCCGACAACCAAUUUCUCCGACCCAAUUCGCCUCCUCCAAGAUUCUUGCGCCACCGCCGAGGAGGCGAUCGGUUCUUGAUUUCUUGAAUUCGAUUCUUGAAGAAUUCUUGGGGGUGGUAUGAGGUCGUCGGCGACGGCGGCGGCGGAGGCGGCGGAGGCUGACCAGUCGAGGGCGAUGUACGAGCUGUGCGCGCUGCUGCUGACGGUGCUCCGGGCGUGGCCGGAGGAAGGGGGCGGGCGGGGGGCGGCGGCGUGGCCGCGGCAGGUGACGGCGGCGGGGGUGGCGUCGAUGCUGCUGGGGGCGUCGGUGGCGCUGAUGCUGUGCGGGUCGGUGACCUUCAUGCUGGGGUUCUUCCUCAUGCCCUGGGUCAUCGGCCUCGCCUGCGUCUUCCUCCUCGUCGGGUUCGUCACCAACCUGUCCGUGAUCUGGAGGGCCAUCCUCUGGCCCGCCUCGUGCUCCUCCUCGCCCAAGGUGGCCUCCACAUGGUAUAUAUUUUCCAAGCCUCCAUUCAUGUCCUACAUGUGAAGUUGAAUGAGAAGUAGGUUCUCAUGGAGGUGUAUACAAGCAGAAGAGUUUGGGCGGCAUUACGUUGUUGCCAUCCUAUCUUUUCCUUCCCGGACAACAUUUUUACCAUGUAACGCCGCAACAAGCUUAGAUGGUUUUAUAUAUUAUAAUUAGGAUGGCAAGCUUUAACAGAAAACUUUGUACAUAUGGAAAAAGAACGGUUUGGUUUUAUUAUUUAUUACAUCUAUCCUAUAAUUGUUUCAGAAUUGGAGAGUUCUUUUCCUUCAAGGUUUGUAUCUUGUUUUUGCUCAACUGGCACUGUCAGACUGAUUGUCUCCAAUCUUAUGGAGCUGCUCUGUUGCCUCUGUUUUGGUUA